AUGGAUUUGUCGUCCCGCGUCCGUGACGAGAAGAAGAAGAAGCUGAAGAAGGAGAAGGAGGGCACUGACUCGACUCCACAAUUCGGACCUUUCAUCCCCACGCGCUUCUCCUUGGUCCUUCCGUUUCACCUCGUACUCCAUUUCCAGAAUGAGCAACGGCUCGUUCGAGCUCGAAGAGAUGGCCGAGGAGGAGACGGGGACACAGCGCGGAUGACGCUGAAGAUGUUCUUCCUCAUCUCGUAUUUCAUUUGUUUUGUCGUCGGCACCAUCGGAAAUAGCUUGGUAAUCGUGAUGACGUGCAACGUGCUGACGUCUGUCCAUCGAGGAGCAUACCGCAGACGGCGCUCCAUUUCGUCGACGAACCAUGUUUUUAUUUACGUUUUAGGUGGCUGGCACUUUGGGCCGAUCCUGUGCAAGCUGUACUGGUUCGGCGAGUCGGUGAAUAAGCUGCUGUCCUCCUUCCUGAUGACGGUCCUCUCCUGGGACCGUUACAUGGCCGUUUGCUCGCCCGUCAAGUCGAUGAGGAUGCGCUCGUCGGGGAUGGCGUUACUGGUGCUGAUCAUUUGUUCAAUCGUGGCGAUUGUGCUUCUACUGCCCGUCCUCAUCCAAUCGACGGUCGUCUACUACGAUAUCAAAAACAACAUCGCGCUGCCGGAGAUGCCGGAUGGACCGGAUGCGGAAAACGUAAUCGGGAAAUGCGCGUACGAGCCCGACUUUGUGUUCAUCAUCUACACGUUUCUGUUCGGUUUCGCGGUGCCGGCCGUCUUCAUCACUGGGUUCUAUGCGGCGGUGAUCCGGUCAUUGCAACGACACACCAGCCUCAUCCGGAAGUCAAGCCGCGAGAACGGGACGAGCAAACAGAACGAACACUCGGCACAUCGAGUCAAGCAGGAGUGUAGCGAAGAUAACUUUAGCUCCCCUUCUCCAGGUAACCAUGUGAAUCAUCGCCGUCAUUCUGUUCUAUUUCUUCUGCUGGACGCCGCAGUGGACGCUCAACCUGUUGCUCGAGUUCAACAUCGUCCAGGCGUCGCUAAUGACCCCGGGAUGACGGCCGUCUUUUUCGGGGCUCAUCUCCUUGUAUGCUUCAACUCGGCAGCCAAUCCGAUGCUCUAUGCGCUGAUUAACCGGGAACUGCGCACGCAGCACUCGUUGGCAAUGAACCGGAAGCGACAGUCGGUGGGCAACGCGACGCACAGCGCGCUCGACUUUGUCGCCCGGCACACACAAAAG